AUGGCUCUCACCACGCAGUAUGAGGAUGAAGUGACCACGGAAGAUGAAGAGCUUGAGCGCAGGCCAAAUAAAAUCAAGGCUCUGUUUGCAUAUGAGGUUAUAUCUUUAUCCGACAGCGAAGAUAGCAACGGAUCCGAAACGAGGACCUCCAACGUCGGCAAUAAGGGAAAACGUAAAGCCAUCGAGCAAGUGGAAUGGUCGGAUGAUGAUGAAGACGAAAACCCGUACGAGAAAUUUAAGAAGAGGAAGUCCGAGAAACGCAAGAAAUUGAAUGCACAGAAGAAACGAAUAAAAGAACGCGCAAAAGAUGCCAAGGAGGCAAAGGAGAAGGGAGGAUCGUCCAAACAAAAAGAGAGGAUUUGGGGGGAAGAAUCAGAUUGUGAAAUGGACGAUGAAAUUCCUCAGUACCUACAGACUAGACGGAAAGAAUUCGAUACGAAGCUAGAUAAAAUGAAGAGCGCUGGCCUUCAGCUUCCCCCUGACUAUUCUGAUAUAUACUUUUCAGAUGAUGAACGCAUGGCAGAGCUCGAUGAACGGCCUGAUUUCCCAAGCACUGUAGAGCCAUCAAGACCCUAUGCAGAUAUAAAUAUGGAAUUAUCUAAUGAUGUUAUUCCUGCAUCUAUUGCACAGUAUCUUCGAGAUUAUCAGGUAGAUGGAGUCAAAUUUCUUCAUGAAAAGUUCGUUUACCAGAAAGGGGGGAUCUUGGGUGAUGAUAUGGGUCUAGGGAAGACUGUGCAGGUGGCCGCUUUCCUUACUGCGGCAUUUGGAAAGACAGGGGAUGAGCGGGAUGAAAAACGUAUGCGGAAAGUGAAGAAUAAAGACGAAGGACGAUGGUACCCUCGAGUACUCAUUGUGUGCCCUGGUUCUUUAAUCCAGAAUUGGAAGAAUGAACUGACGAGGUGGGGAUGGUGGCAUGUUGAAAAAUUUCAUGGGAAUGUGAAGGAGAAAGAGCCUGUACUUCGCAGUGCUCAAUCUGGCCGCGUCGAAAUCGUUAUUACUACAUAUUCAACAUAUAAGAAUUACAAGGAUGAACUGAAUACAAUUUCUUGGGAUUGUGUUGUAGCUGAUGAAUGUCAUCAGCUCAAGGAAAGAACGUCUCUUACGACACAAGCGAUGAAUGAAGUAAAUGCCUUAUGUCGCAUUGGACUUACAGGAACUGCUAUACAGAAUAAGUACGAAGAACUUUGGACGCUGCUUAACUGGUGCUCGCCUGGUAAGGUGGGCCCAUUGGCUACUUGGGUUUCGACCAUCUCAGAACCUUUACGGAUUGGACAGAGCCACGACUCCACUAAUCAACAGGUGAAACGAGCUCGGGAGACUGCGAAAAGAUUGGUCAAUAACCUUAUGCCUCAUUUCUUUCUACGGAGGAUGAAGACCUUGAUCGCCCAUCAACUUCCAAAGAAGACAGAUAGAUUGCUACCAUGUCCUCUUACUGAUCUUCAACGAGAUGCAUACGAGAGGUUUCUCGAAAGCGAUAUUGUGCAGCUCGUCAAAAGUCACGGCGAACCCUGUGAUUGUGGUAAUGGUAAGAAAUUAACGCGCGGGGCAUGCUGUUAUUCUAAAAUCUCUGGAACCAAUAUAAAAUGGCAGGCUAUGGUAUUUCCCAUCAUGACCACACUUCAGAAGUUAUCCAACCACCUGGCUCUUCUCUUGCCUAACGACGGUGAUCCCAGAGAGAAGCAAGAACGGGACUUAGAUUUCCUGCAGAAAAUGUUACCGGAUAGAUGGGAGGAAUUAUACAAAGCUCGAGAUUCAAUUGCAAAUCUGUCCAACCCCGAGUUUUGCGGCAAGUGGAAAGUGUUGAAGAAGCUUUUGAAACAUUGGCAUGAGGAAGGAGACAAGGUUUUAAUCUUUUCUCAUAGCGUCAAGUUAUUAAGGAUGCUUCAACAUUUAUUUCAGAGUACUAGCUAUAAUGUUAGCUUCCUCAGCGGUGAAAUGAAGUAUGAGGAUCGUCAGGAUACAGUGGAUGAUUUUAAUUAUGAUCCUAAUCAAUUCAUCUUCUUGAUUUCCACCAAAGCUGGAGGCGUUGGUUUGAAUAUUACCAGUGCUAAUAAGGUGGUUAUCUUUGAUCCUAAUUGGAACCCAAGUUAUGACUUACAAGCUCAAGAUCGAGCAUACAGAAUAGGUCAGCUUAGGGACGUCGAUUCAUUUCGACUGGUUUCCGCUGGGACCAUAGAAGAAGUUGUCUAUGCUCGCCAGAUAUAUAAACAGCAGCAAGCUAAUAUCGGAUACAAUGCUUCAAUGGAACGUCGAUAUUUCAAAGGUGUACAAAAUGCAGUAGGCCAAAAAGGGGAGAUAUUUGGAUUAGAUAACCUAUUGUCUUUCCACGCAGAAGAAAUUCUACUUCGAGAUAUUGUCAAUAAAACCAAUGUUGCGGAGACAAGAGCGGGUGUUGCAAUGGCCAGUUUUGAUGUCCAAGCAGCACUUGAUGACGAUGACAAUCCUCUACGAGCCGAUGAUGAUGAUCCUAAUGGCGCAAUGAGUCAACUGGCUGCCCUAAUCACUAAAGGCGAAAUAGAUAUCAAGCGCAAAAAGAAACCCACUCCCAAAUCCGACCCCAUUGCCGCAAUCCUAGCAUCAGCAGGUGUAGAAUACACGCACGAAAACUCAGAAGUAGUCGGCUCAUCAAAAGUCGAAGAGAGAUUAAGUCGUCGCGCGGAAGAAACAGGCGGUGAAAUCGGCUAUGGUGAAGAAAGACUUUUCAGACCCACAUCAUCAGGACACGCGGGAAAUGGAAAUAUACGCUAUGAGUUUCAUCCGCCGGAUGAUGUUAUGAAGAGACAGUUUUGUACGAUGGCCAAAACGUUCGGGUUUGCUAAUGCGACGGAAUUUGCGCUGGUAGUGGAAGGGUGGACGCAGAAACAGCGGACGGAUUUUUUGGAGAGGUUUUAUGCGAAGAGGAGGGAGAGGUUGGUGGAGUUGGAUAGGGAGGGGGAGGGAAGAGAAGGGAGAGAGAGAAUGGAGAGAAUGGAGAUGUUGAGGGAGGAAGCGAGGGUUGAUAUGGAUGGUGAGACGGAAACUGAUGAGGAUGAAUUGUAA